AUGGAUCCUUCUGGGCUCCCUUCCGUCCCUGCUGGUGCUAACACGGUCGACGAUGAAGGCAGCAACAACGAUGGCAACAAUAACAACGGAGGAAACGGAGGCAACGGUGCGAAGGGUGGCAGCCAAGGCAGCCAAGACAACGGUCUUCCUCUAGGCUGGCCUUUCACACGCCCAACCCGCGAGGCCCUUGACUUCCUUGAGCUGCCUCUGACUACAGGCGUACCCAGACCCGUCUAUCACAACGCGUCCAUCCCACUUCGACGUGUUGACAGACCCGAAGGAGUGCUUUUAAACGACCCGUUCUGCACACUGCCCCUUGAAAUCCACCUGGCCGAUUACCUGAACGUGAGUCCGGAGCCAUAUGAUGAACCUGCAGAGUCCAACAGUCCUACAAUGAUGCCAAGCGCUGGCAAUCGAGAUGCUCAAGCUCGCGUUCUACAAGCCCACAAUGCCGUCCAGCAGACCACAAGUGUACUUUCUCCACCUCGAGGCAUCUUUUCCCGCCCGAGAAUACGCAACCUUCCCCGGAAGCGCAGUCGGAGUCAACAUCGAGGAGACCGUACAGAGCCUGAGAACCAGGACGAGGUCUUCAUGGGUGCCGAGCCUGCGGACAUUCCCAAGCGCCCUCAAAGCACGGUCAGAUUCCUGGUGCCCCAGAAUGAUCAAGCGUCAGCUCCGCCCAAGACUGUUGAAGCCCGGCCCCGGCGAAUGGUCACAAUUCGAUCUCACGCUGCUGCUCGGAUGUGGCGGGAGCUUGAGAAGCAUACAGACUAG